AUGGAGAGGGAGAAUAGCAAGAUUCUGCAGUGUCUCUCCAUUCAGGGCCUAGCCUCAUCUGGAGGUGGUAGUGCAGCUGGUGUUGACGGACAAAAUAGUAGUGGAGCUUCAAGAACAAUUGUAAAAGACAGGUUGAAAACAUUCAAUAUCCAGUUUGAGGAGCUUCAUCAAAGACAAUCCCAGUGGACAGUUCCUGACACUGAGCUGCGGGAGUCUCUAAGGCUUGCAGUUGCUGAAGUUUUGUUGCCAGCAUACAGAUCUUUCAUUAAACGAUUUGGGCCUCUAGUCGAGAAUGGUAAGAACCCGCAGAAGUACAUCAGAUACACGCCAGAGGAUCUUGACCGAAUGCUUGGUGAAUUUUUUGAGGGUAAGUGGUUCCAUUUCUUCAAGUUAUCUUCAUCCACUGCGGUGGUGGUGGUGGUACACUCUAGGCAUUGUUGA